UUAUUCUUCUCCGCUUUACGCUGUGCCCUGUUGAACAAUAAGUAGUGGAAAUUAUGCCUCGCACGGAAUGGCUCUGCUGCCUACUUCUCAGAACGUAGUUUUAACAGGAUACUACUUAAACGAUGAGUCCGCCGACGGUGUCGCGACCAGUACAAAGGAAGAGACAAGUCCUUCUUCGCCGGGCCGAAGAUGUGGACAAUAUAAAAUGAACCAAGUACAUUCCAAGAACAGUAUGGAGAAGCCUCACUAUGAACGGUCCUGCUCCCAGGACUCCCUGGAUGAACUCUCAAUGGAUGACUACUGGAGUGAACUAGAACACAUCCAAAAAACCCGGGAAAAUGUCCCAGAAGAGCAAGAAGAGGUGGCUAUUAAAGUACCUGAUGAAGGGGAGGUGGAGGCAAAAUGGCUGAAGGAUGCGGGCCUUUCGGGGUUGGUCAGUGGAGAUACCCAGGAGAGCAUCACGCUACUGUCCACCCUGACCCGUACCCAAGCAGAAGCUGUUCAGAGAAGAGUUGAAACAUUUACAAUGACAAUGAGGAAAAGGAAUAAGCAACCAAUCCCUGACGUCCGAGACAUCUUUAGUCAGCAGGUCUCAAGAUCAAGUGAAGCUUCAGCUGUUCGACCUGAUGAAAGUGAAAUGGGCGAAACCACUGAUAAACUGGAAAACCAACUGAUCAGCCUGGAGAUGAAAGACGAAGGCACACAACAAACAGCUGAUAUAAAUCUAGAAAUAUCAUACUCUGAGCAGGCUGCAAACCUGAAAGAAAAACUAAACAACUUUAAGCUCAAGGGAGAUGACGAUGCGUCCCUGCCUAACUACCGUCUUCCAAAGGAUAAGACAGGGACAACCAAAGCAGGAGACCUUGCACUUCAGGACAUGAAGAAAGUGCGCGCAUUGGCUCUGAUCGAACUGACUGCACUCUAUGACACACUUGGUAUAGAUUUCAAACAUCACAAAUCCAUAAAAGUUAAGAUCAAAGAAACUGGAUUGUUUGGCGUUCCACUUUCAUUGCUCUUGGAACAUGAUCACAAAAACGUUCCUGGGACCAAGGUUCCACUUAUAAUUCAGAAACUCAUUUCCCACAUUGAGGAAGAGGGCUUAAACACCGAAGGAAUUCUGCGAAUACCUGGACUUGCAUCAAGAAUUAAGUGUUUGUGUGAAGAGCUAGAAGCAAAGUUCUAUGAAGGAACUGUGAACUGGGGACAGGUACAACAACACGAUGCAGCAAGUAUACUGAAGCUUUUUAUAAGAGAGUUGCCGCAUCCACUCGUCACUCUCGAGUACCUUGAUGCUUUCCUGACUGUACAAAAUUUGUCGAGUAGAAAACUUCAGCUACAGGCUCUCAACUUGCUGGUGCUUCUCCUCCCGGAUCAGAAUAGGGACACCCUGAAGGCGUUGCUUGAAUUUCUUCAGAGAUUAAUUGACAACAGGGAAAGCAACAAAAUGACCCUAAACAAUGUUUCUGUUGUCAUGGCACCCAACCUGUUUAUGUUUAAAGGGUGUUGCUCAAAGUCAAGUGCAAAGACACAGUUUGAAAUGGCAACUAGGACAAGCAACAUAAUGCGUUACCUGAUUAAAUACCAAGACCUGCUUUGGACGGUCCCAAAAUUUAUUAUGAAUCAAGUUCGACAGCAAAACAUUGAAAACCAUAAAAAGCUGUCUAAGGAAAAGGCUGUAAAAAAGCUGCUGAAAAAGAUGUCAUACGAUAAAGAUAAGCAUGAUCGGAACCAUGCUGAAAGGAAUCUAACAGAUUCUGUAAUACUUCAAGGUGCAAUACGGGUUCAGGCCCCAUCUCUUUCCAAAGUUUCCAUGGCGAUUCAACUAACAGAGGAACUGAAAGCUGGAGAUAUUUUGGCACGUUUCCAACAAUGUCUUGUUAAAAACAGGAUACCUGAAUCUUCCAGUAAAGAUGAAGUUUGUUUAUAUGAAAUUGGAGGAAAUAUUGGUGAACGCUGUCUGGAUGAUGACACAUAUAUGAAGGACCUAUACCAACUGAAUCCGAAAGCAGAAUGGGUUAUAAAGCCUCGGUGCCAGUGACACUGCUUCAACAAUAGACUAGCAAUAUGAUUAAGUAAAACCAGACAUUAAUGGUUCUGUAUAGCAAAGGAGACAACAUAAAUCAAACAGACUCACUAUACCUGUACCUGGUAUAUGCAGAAGGACAAGAGACGAACAAUACAGCUAUAAUGAGUCAAAUUCAACAGCCAAUUUGCUCUUGGACAGAUAAUGAAAAAUUGCCAGCAUGCUUGAAAAAUAUUUAUGCAAAGUAAACAUGUCCAUAUAUGGAUAACCAUAAAAGAAAUCCUUCCAGCAGCUCAGGAAUGAUGCAACCAAAGGUCUUAGCUACCAGCCACAACGUAGAUUACCAAAACUGAAAUAACAUUGCACAUAAAGCUACUACCAUCUGAGCUGAAGCAUUAAUCCAAACAUAAAGAGCAAACUGUUAUCAGAAUUUAUGAAAUAAAUUCAGCAUCCUAAACCUUCUUUGCCAAUCAAAGGGCUAAUCUCCUACCUCAAACAGAAUUGCCCUUCUUCAUGGUAUAUUUCACACAUAGGUUAUUGAUAAUAAAUCUGGUUCUAAUACUGCCCUUUUCUCAAAUCUCUUGAUUCUUUUCCAAUCCAAAUCUCUUAUUGAACACAGUCACUGACUGAGGCACUACAGCCCUUCAGGGUAGAUAAUUCCAAAGAUUCCUCACCCUCUGUGUGAAGAAAUUUCUCCUUAUCUCAGUUCUAAAAAACCUAUCCAUAAUUUUGAGACCAUCAUUUUAGUCUUGACCCUACAGGUAAUGGACACAUCCUCCUAGUGUGUACUCCAUCAAGCUCCCUAACACUUUUAAAUAUGCCCAGUAAAGUAUCGAAAGAAAUGUCAUACGAUUGUGUUGCGUCAAUCUGCUAUUGUAAAUAGGAAGUUCUGGGUUUUUUUUAACAAGUUGAUCAUCAAUUCUUUGAUGAGACAUUCUCUGCAAAAUCAAAAUGGGAUGGAUGUUUUGGAAAUGUUUAAUGGAGACACUAUACAUGAAGCAAUUCCAUAGAUUUGUUGAAGUAGUCUCCUAGAUUGAAAUAACAGAAUAAUGUACAUUUAUGAUGUCCCUUUUCAUUUAUUCCCAAAACCUUAAGCAUGUAUGUUAUAAAAAUAUACACAUGCUUUCAAGAGGUUACAUCCAUUAAAGGUAUUGAUUAAAAAAUUGUAUGAGAAAUUUAAACCACUUGUGCUAGAUUAUGAUGAAUAUAUUGUAAAUUAAUGGCUGUUUAAUGCACUGUCUAUUCUGUUUUAAUUCAGUUUUAAAUCUGUACAGUCACAUUUUCUAGUCUUGUAAAUAAAAUGUGUAUAUAUUCUACUUCUUGCAAUGCAACUCCUAAAUUUAACAUUAUUAGUUUUAAAUAACAACAUACUGUAUGUGGGGAAGGUUUGUAAGGGUUAUAGAACAUUCAGCAUUGAUACAAACUAGUGAUAUUUUUUGCUAAUCACUGAAAGCUUGCAGUUUAAACAAAAUAAAAAAGUAUGAUGAUAUCAUCCAGAAAAUAUCCACAAUGAAUAUCUGGAAAAGAAAAUCUAAUGGGACGAAGUUACUCAUUGAUAUUUCAUGAAUAUUAUUCAACCCAAUGUUUACCCCAAUGUGACUGAAAAAUAGAUAUACAUAGAAAACACAUGGGCAGUUGGUGGAUUUGCACUCUGUUCAUUGGCUAUAAAAGGACAACCUGAGACUAUGAAAGGCACUAAGUAAAUGCAAGUCUUUUUCUUUCACUGCCUUUGACAUUCUUUUAAAAAAAAUUAGAAUUACAUUUGUGUUGCUGAGGGAAAUGAUUUGCUGUCCACUGUAAUUGUUUCUGCCUUAAUUCAAAAAUAAGAAAAGAAAAUGUUGAAAAAAAAGUCAAAAGAGCAGGUCGAUUUUCCGGG